UAUACGGUGAAUGGGUUGCAGGAGGAUUAAUCACCUGUGAGCAGCUAGAGAAGGACAAGUGCGCAUUUGCGAUAUCAUCAGCAGGGAAAAGGUGUGUGCUUGAGAAGAUCGUGCGGAGGAGUGGAGCGGAGGUGUACACGUGUCGGACAUCGGAAAAAGAAACGGACCAACUAAAGGAUUGGAUGGAAACCGACCAGUGCAUUGAGGCCUGUGGUUUGGACCGGAUCUCGCUCGGGAUAUCCUCUGAUUCCCUCCUCGACUCUCUCUUCACCCAAAAGCUCUGCUCUCCUCUCUGCUACGAUAACUGCCCAAACAUUGUUGACCUAUAUUUCAACCUCGCCGCCGGAGAAGGUAACCCACCCAUCCCAGACCUCUACUUCAAUCUCGCCGCUACACAAGGCGUAUUUCUUCCCCAGUUAUGUGAAGCACAAGGAGCAAACGCACGUAGAAAAAUGUCAGAGAUCCGAAGCUCUGGAUUUGUCAAACCUGCUCCACAAUCCGAUGGCCCACCCAUGAAAUUCGUGGUCUUAACAGCCAUUGCUCCAAAGUAGCUAGAUUAAUUA